CUUUCUACUGGUUAGAUUUCCCUGAUGAUUGGCUGAAUUUGAACUAAUCACUUAACAAAGUGGUGGUGUUUAAUUUCAAAUCAUCCCGGGAUCCGGUUUGCUGUAAAAUGGGAUCAGACCGUGGGCGGGGCGUGUCCACGGACCGGUUUUUCCAGCCCUGGAACUGGGAAUUCUGCCUGCAGAAGGAACUGGAGCGAGCUGAGAGACUGGGAUAACUGUGAGGAUGCUACACUCCGAUGGGAAGGCAGAGAAGCUCCUGUGGAUACUGGCAGUGGUUCUCACUGUGGUCCAGUGCAGAGUGGCUGUGGCCUCCCCAGACUCAAUCACCACCGUCCUUGCUGGUGGAUCCGUCCACUUUCCCGUCCUCCACGUCAGUGAAGACAAGUAUGAAGUGACUCUGCGGAAAACGUCCCCGAACCAGCUGAAGAUCUUGGCCUGGAUGUCAGACCGACCAGAGAGUCCGUACGUGAUCCGGCCGUCCUACAGGAACCGGGUUCACUUCCGGAGUGAUGGUGUUAUCGAGAUGCGAGGCAUCAACAUGAGUGACCAGGGGACGUACGAGGUGCAGACAAACUACUUUGGGAGGGAGCUGAGAAACCGUGACCGUGAGCAGUUUGAGAUCCAUGUUGUCGAGCCGGUGUCUGAGCCGACGGUGGAGAUCAGCAGGAAUGCCUCCCACGUCACGCUGAACUGCUCGGCUCUCGGAACCGGACAGGUCACCUAUCGGUGGGAGAGGCAGACAGACGCUGCUGGUGGGAACGUCACCUUCCAUGGAGCCCUGCUGUUCCUGCAGAAUGAUGGGCUGAGUGGCCACACCUACAACUGCAUUGCUGAAAAUUGCUGCAGUCGGCAGAUCAGCCUCCCAGUCUCUGCAGACCUCAACCCAGCCAGCGAGUCCAGAAAUUAUUGGGCAAGUGUUCUCAGCUUUAUAGUCCUCUCAGUGGUUGUGAUGUUAAUCUUGGGACUGUAUCUGCUCAGGAAAUCGGUACUGAUUGGUCAAGCGCAUCCAGAAACCGAGGGCCAGGAGAGUUCCAGUGAGGAUGAUGGUUCGGACUGUCCUCUCCGGAAGUCCCGAGGUUCCUCUGACCCUGUGUGACCUGGAACCGGGACGGUACUGAACAUGUCCCUCCCACCAGCUGCUGUCUCCACCGUGACCUCCACCCACCCAGCCCCUGAGCACAGGACGUCUGCACCUCACACUGUGGGGCAGGUGCCACUGAGAUGCUGGAUUGCCCAGUGUGGGGCAAUUCCUGACUGUAGCAACUACUGGGGAACGGGUGUGCAUUGAGAUGGGAACUCGGGGUGUCUGUUCCUGUGUCCUAUUUAUUUGUUCUGUCUCAGGUUUUACACUGAACAUUACAGCACAACACAGGCCCUUUGGCCCAUAAUGCUGUGCUGACCUUGUAAUCCAGUCUAACAUCAAUCGAACCCUCCCCUCCGACCUAGCACUCCACUUUUCUAUCAUCCAUGUUCCUUUAAAUGCCUCCACCACACCCCUGGCAGCUUGUUCCUUGCAUCCAUCACUCCACCUCCGAUAUCCUCCCUCGUACUUCCCUCCAAUCACCAUAAAUUGAUGCUGCCUGUGACAGGGCCAUUUCCACCCUGGGAAAAGUCUCUGACUGUCCACUCUGUUCCUGCCUCCUGUCAUCUUGUACACGUCACUCUCGUCCUCCUUCACUGCAAAGAGAAAAUCCCGAGCUCGCUCAACCUCUCCUCAUCGGACCAGCUCCCAGAGCGGCCACCUCAGUGCAGCAAGGAUGUGGAUACUACGGAGAGAGUGCAGACGGGAUUUACAAGGAUGCUGUCUGGGUAGGAGAGUGUGCCUUUUGAGAAUACGUAGGGUGAACUCGGCCUUUUCUCCUUGGAGUGACGGAGGAUGAGAGGUGACCUGAUAGAGGUGUAUAAGAUAAUGAGAGGCAUUGAUCGUGUGGAUAGUCAGAGGCUUUUCCCCGUGGCUGAAAUGGCUAACAUGAGGGGGCACAGUUUUAAGGUGCUUGGAAAUGGGUACUGAGGGAAUGUCAGGGGUCAGUGUUUCCACACAGAGAGUGGCGAAUGUGUGGAAUGGGCUGUCAGUGAUGCUGGUGGUGGAGGAGGAUACGAUAGGGUGUUUUAAGAGACCCUUGGAUCGGUACGUGGAGCUCAGAAAAGUAGAGGAAUUUCUCGGUAGUUUCUGGAGUAGGUUACAUGGUCGGUACAACAUUGUGAUCCGUAGAACCUGUAAUGUGCUGUAGAGUUUCUAUGUUCUAUAUUCUGUUUUAUUUUGAUUAUUGGUUCUCUUUGUCUUUUGUAGUUUUUCACAAUUUCUAUUAUAUUUGUGUACUUUGCAUUGAAUGUCUGUAAUUGAAUGAACCUAUGAUGCCGUGUAUAUAAUUCUGGUGUGUGUUUAAUAUUUGAGCAAAUGUGGAUUGAUUACUCAUCUGGAUUAUUAUUGAUUAUCCGUGUUUAAUGAUUCUACAUGUUGUAAAUCUAUUUGAAUGUUCGUUCUGUACAUUACUUCAACAAAGAAUGUGUAAAUAAAUCAUUCCUGGCUCUCUGUAAAAAUAAGUGAAUAUGCAAAACCCUUCCUGUUGCCACCAUGUCUUCAUUUGAAAUUUGCCUCCACGUUGUAUUGCCCCGGGUUGCGUAUCUGGACAAGCUGGACGCAACAUCCAUGGUCGACCCUGACCGACGGAGACCUCACUGGCCUACUGAGUUCCUCCAGCACUUUGUGUUAACUGCUCUGGAUU